AUGUCGUCUUUUCAGAUAAGUCCCGGUUCUGCGUGCAGCAUUCUGAUGGCCGGAUACGUGUCUGGAGGCUCCGAGCAGACUGCUCAUCGCCUGCUUGCAUUUGAUAUUGGCUUAGAGGCCCUGCAUCUAGUUCUUGCAAUCUCUGAUAUAGUUAUUUAUCGCACAAGAUCUGAACGAUUAUGUAAUGAUUUAUUUACAUUUUUGGGAGAUGCAUCUCAAGCUUAUGUUCAACACUUUUCCCGUGAAUUAAGAGCCGCUUCUGCUCGCUGUAAUUUUGCCGGUCCAUUAUCGUCACUUGGGCCUGCUGUGAUAAUUUUUCAUGAGACAACCCACACAAAUAUACUUACUACAGAAAAUAAUAAGAGUCCUGAAGAUUUAUUAAAACUCAGAUUUCAAAAAUUGGGACUGAGUAUUGAUGCUUUUAGUGCAUUGGAAUAUGCAGGUACAAGAACUAUCAGACCUCCAACUUUAUUUGAUGCUUUAAAAAUUGCUAUUAAAAAACAUUUGCAAAAUUCAUCAGUAAGAUCAUGUCGUCCACCUGGUAUAAUUUAUCAAGCUUUAAAGGUAUUAAAUGAAAAAUUUAGUGGUGAUAUAGAUAAAACUAUACCUAGUACAUUUCCUGAUCAAUAUUUUACUUGUAAUGCUUAUUGUCAGUCAUGUGGCCAUGAAAAUAAUAAGAGUCCUGAAGAUUUAUUAAAACUCAGAUUUCAAAAAUUGGGACUGAGUAUUGAUGCUUUUAGUGCAUUGGAAUAUGCAGGUACAAGAACUAUCAGACCUCCAACUUUAUUUGAUGCUUUAAAAAUUGCUAUUAAAAAACAUUUGCAAAAUUCAUCAGUAAGAUCAUGUCGUCCACCUGGUAUAAUUUAUCAAGCUUUAAAGGUAUUAAAUGAAAAAUUUAGUGGUGAUAUAGAUAAAACUAUACCUAGUACAUUUCCUGAUCAAUAUUUUACUUGUAAUGCUUAUUGUCAGUCAUGUGGAUGUACUUUUCAGAUUACUGAAAAUAUGAACUGUUUAUUUCAGAGUUGUUAUGAAAGAGGUGAAGAGAUGGUUGUAAAUCCUAAAACAUGUGCUUCUUCAGAUAUGCCAUGGCUUGGGCUAGCUAAAUAUGCUUGGUCAGGAUAUGUAUUAGAAUGUUCAAACUGUGGGGUAAUCUAUAGAAGUCGUCAAUAUUGGUAUGGAAAUAAAGAUCCUUGGGAAACAGUAGUCAGAACAGAAAUACAUCAUAUAUGGCCUGGUGAUUCACUUCAUCCAUUAGGAAAUCAGAAUGCUGCUCAGAGAGUUCUUGAUGGUGUCCAGUAUAUAUCUGAAACAAUGUCUUCUAUUAGUGCAAGACCUACAAAAAUGCUCAGUAGUUGGAUGGCAGAUAAAGUUGCUCCUAGUUAUUGGGUACCAAAUUCACAAAUAACAAAUUGUGGUCAAUGCAAAAAAUUGUUUGAAGCAUUAGAUGAGAAACAUCAUUGCAGAGCAUGUGGAGGUGGAUUCUGUGAUGACUGUUCCUCUAAUUCUAAACCUGUUCCUGACAAAGGUUGGGGUCCAUCACCAGUUCGUGUCUGCGAUAAAUGUUUUAAAGAAGAUUCUUCCUCAGAAAUCAAAUCUUCUGACAAUGUUGAAGUUACUGCACGCAAAGUAAGUGAAGUUCUUCAGACAACAUUGGGGACUGUAGUAUCGGCUAUUGAAUAUCCAAUUGGGUUCAUAAAGGAUUCGGCUCGACCGGCAUAUUGGAUACCCGAUCACGAAAUAACACAGUGUGCAGUCUGUCAGACGGAAUUCAACUCCAAACUGCCUAUUCACCACUGUCGCGCCUGCGGAAAGGGAGUCUGUGACCAGUGCUCUGCCGCCCGACGACCGGUACCUUCUAGAGGAUGGGAUCACCCCGUUCGCAUCUGUUCUUCAUGCGAUAAAAAAUCAGAUCUGUAAUUUAAUUAAUUUUUAUGUUUAAAACAUACAAAUUGUACAUCCAUUCCACUCUGGACCAAUAUAUAUAUAUAAACCUAGUCUGACCAUCAGAUUUGAUCAAAGCCAGUUUAUGUUUAUAAGGUAAUUUCUAAUAGAUAUUAAUAGUAUAACUAAAGUUACAUUUCAAUGUCAAACCAAUAAACAUAUAAUGAACAAAAAUUACCGUAAUCAAUUUUGACACAGAUGUAUAUAUUUGAUUGAUUUGAAUCGACGACUUGCAAUUUUAAACGAUAACAGUGUUACGUUUUUGUAGUUUUACAUGAUUUUAACAAUCAUCAAUGCCAUUAAAUUUGUACAAACACAAACAAAAAUCCUUGAUGUAUAAAAUCUUUUCAUUCCAGCUCAUUACGGGCAGCAGAUAGUUUUGUAAGGGUUGAACCAUAAGUGACAUACCUGGUAGAAACAAAAAGAACAAAGUGGUUUGGGCUUUUUAGGUCAUCGGAUUCACACCUUUUAGUUUAUUCUUUCGGAUAAUGACACUAAAUUCUUUGUGUAUCAAAUGUCAAGAUACAUAUAUCAAGAAAUAAAUAUGAUGUGUUGUGAUUUUGUUGCAAUGUUCAAAUAUUUAAUAUGAUCUUGUGGAAAAACCACUUAACUCAUUCAGAAAAACAUUAUUUAAUUUUAUCUUAUGUUAAAUAUUUACAUAAUUAUUAUGUUCUCUCUCUAUGGCAAUAGCUUGUGGUUUAUCCCAUAUAAAAUUGUAGGACAACUGACAAGAUGUUUAAAUUUCUUAGUAUCAGAAACUAUUAGUUCGGUUUUAUUUCUAGUGUUGUAAGGACAAUAAAUAUACCACAAUUUUUUUAUUGGAUGAAAUAAAACUUGUUUUAGCACUUUAUACAGUUAACUGUAAUAAAAAAAAAAAGUUUUUU